GGAUAUCAUUUUCAUCUAAAGAUAUUAGAAAAAAAUAUAAUCUACUGCUUUUUCUUGUGGGAAGACUUUUUCUCGAACGAUGUUUUUUCGUUCAUGAAUUUAGAAAAUCAAGGAAAUGGAUAAAUUAAGCAAAAGAAAAGGACAAUGAUGAUUUUGAGUGCAAUAAUUUUACGAAUUUUGUUUCUAGUGCUAUGGAUAUCGACUGCAACAGGGAAAGCCGUCCCAGCACCAUCGAACAGACUAUUAAAAGGUUGCGACAAAGCUUGCCAAAUAGAAUGCAUAGAAGUACUAAACGAGUACAGAGCAAACCACGAUGCGCCUAAACUCAAGUUCUCUCAAGAGCUGGCUGACAAGGCCCAAAAAUGGGCUGGUGGAGGUAAAUUUGGUUACGACAUGGACGCCCGUGGAAAAUACGGCCAGUUAAUCGAAUGGGAUGUCAAGGAUGAGCUCCCUAGUUUUAAGUCAGCCAUUAAACAUUGGCACGACAAGGAAAAAGACUUUGAUUUUAUAGCUGGGAAAUCGAAAAAUGGGAACACCUUGCAUGAUUUUACACAAGUGGUUUGGAAGAAGGCUCAUAAAGCGGGAUGUGGGAGAGGCAAGUUGUUUGGUUCUCGUUACUAUGUUGUUUGGAUGGAUGCUGAUGGGGUUAUUAGUCCGAAUAGCACGGAAGGAAGCGAGAACGUUGGACCUCCAAAACGGGCGGAUAUCCAUUGGUUCGAAAUUACAAAAAUAAAGGCGGUAGGCGAGCCCCUUUAUUGGAAUUCAACUAAUUCCACAAAGCCUAGCACAGGAAACCCAAACGUUCGAGUCAAAACGUCUCUUCUUCCUGAAGAAGACGAAGACUUCAAUUCUGUUGAAAGUGAAGCAAAUGUUCUCAACGAUGCCAACAAUAUCAAGCAGUAUGUUCAUGAUUCUCUUAGUAGUGUCCUUGCCGAGGAGAAUAGGGAAGUUUCUAAGCUUAGGGAUGAGUUUGAGGGACUUGACGAUGUCCCAAAUGUUCGGCUGGGAGGUACUUCGCAAGACCUCUACAAAGGGAUGGCUGAUGACAAUAUUUACGAUGACAGGGAAUCAGGGACAAAGCAAAUUAAACCAGUAGCAGAGCCUAUGAAGUGGAAUAAAGGAAUACGAAAACUGCCAUCCAAUAAUGGGAGAAAAUUUCAAAAAGUAGCUUCGAAAUAUCAGAAAAAUCCUAAUCAAAUGGACUCUCCGCAGCUGCAGGUUCCGAUGGGGAAGCUACCAGUAACGGUAGAUGCUGGUGAAACGAAGUUAACCGAAUCAUCCCCUACUACAGUCAUCCAUGAGGAGUUGAAUAUUUCUGACAAAAAUACUGCUGCGAAAGCUGCUGCACCAAAGCCCAAGCAAGUUAAAAACAAUGUGGCAGCUGGGAAAAGAUAUGGAAAUAAGUCAGAAACGUCACAAGAUGGUGGUAAAGAAAUGUCAGGAAUGAUAAUGGGAAAGUUGUCCGAUAACGGAACCGGGAAUUAUGCAAGUCAAAGGCCUUCGAAUGACAAUAUUUUAAGGAUUACUAGUGAUGAGAAUUUGAGUCCCGACAUGGAAAAUGAACUUUCAAAGGUUUCCAAGUUUAUCAAUACAAGACUGAAAGUGCUUAAUAAGCAUAAGGAAUUCCAGGGGACGCCCGGAAGGGAUUUGAAGAAUGGAUACAACGCGAGAGAACAAGGAAAACCCGAGGACCCUAUGAAUGCGAAGAUGGAAGACGAACCAGAAGCACGGCCAGCAAGAAUCACAAUGGUAGGAGCACCUCUAUCGUUUCCUGAGAGAAAACACAAAGAUAUAGUAAAGGACAUACAUGAGAAGGUAAACGCACUUUGGAAUGAACAUUUGAAAAGCAAGAAAGGAAAAGAAAAGAAAGGCAAAGCUCAAUCUAAUGGAGAAGAUAAUUUAUCAACUCAGCCCUAUCAAGAUGGCUUUGAUGAUUCACUCCAUGGGGAAGGCAGCAGUUUUAGCGCUAAUGAUGAAUUUCACGAUGUUGGUGGUAAUGAGUUACAUGGAUAUCAGUACUCCGCCAAUGAUCAUCACCAAGAGGCAUACCCAGAAAACUACGAUCAAAAUCAUUUGAAUAGCCCGCAGGCCAAUAAAAUGCCUCAAAACGAAUUAAAUCAUGGUAACAGCUUUCAUGGCUUUCUACCACCAAUACGUCUGCAUCCAGAAGGUGAUUGGCUCGGAGGACCAGUCGUACCACCCGUUUCCCCUGCAUUUGAUGAUCCUAUCACACAUGCCAUGAACACCGGUCCAGGGGGUCUCUACGAGUACCGCAAAAAAUACACAAGCGAAGAACCUGAAAAUGACUCUGGAAAAUUCUUAAAUAGGAAGAAAAACAGUCUACAAUCUGUUGUAGAUGUCUUUGAAGACAAAGAGGGCUCGGUUGAGUCGGCAUAUGCUGAGAAAGGAAGGGAACCUGUUUUACAACCAAUAAGAAUGCCAAAGAAGGAGGCUUCGGUAGAGCCCAAAAAAUCUGGCUUCAAAAUUACAGAAAGGAAGCCACAAGACCAUAAAGAGCUGUUGGCUUUGCCAAAGGAGCUCACGGAGCGUCCGGACAACGAAAUGACACUGGCUAGUCAGCUUCCUGACAUGAUUAGCGACAUACCCUCAACUUCAAUGACAAACUCUGAAGAGAGUGAUCACCCAGGGUAUUUCAAUGAAGAACCAGGGUUAAACAGGCCUACGUUUGUUGACCAAAAUAACAAUCAGUAUCAAAGACAACCUACUUCCAAUGCUAGUCCUGGUCUACCUUAUUACCAAACAAGACCAGCCUAUGGUUAUACCCAACAACAAAACUCUCCUGUUGUCCAAUCCCAAGCUGGUCAUCCUAGUUAUCCCUAUGAGUAUAAUCAACCAUAUCAGUAUAACCCAAUGAUGGGUGUUGGACUUCCUCAGGGCAUGAACCAAGGGUAUGGUUUUAAUCAACAGCAAGAACCAAUUCACUCAGUUCAAGAGCAAACCUAUGAUCAAGGGUAUGGUUACCCACAGCAAAGUCAAGUACAGGGAUCGAUGCCAUCUAUGCCACAGGUAGCUGUAAUCUCAAAUGGUAAACCAGAACAACAGUUUGGUAAUGCUCCUAAACCUGUACAACCACAGAAAAUAUUAAAGGGAGUAAGUUUGCCUUCGUCGAUGGGAGUAGUAACGGAUAAUGAGGCACAACAAAGUCCACUCACCUUGUCUGACAAAAAUACCAAGUCGCCAGAGAAAAAGCCUUUGGGAGCCAAAGAAAUAGAUAGUGUUCCACUGACGCCCUCGUUGCCCGAAGAACCAACAGAUGAAAUAAAAGGCGAAGAGAGUGAAAGUGAUUCCAAGGGAUCAAAAAAUAAUGCUGGGGGUAUAACGAACUUGCCACAGAACUCCCUGCCGCGGCAAGGCCAAGGAGGAAUUAGUGGUCCUCAGGGUGGGUUAUCCAACAUGCCUCAAAAUCAACCCCAGAAUGGUAUGCCACAAGAUGGUUCGUCGAAUGGUGCCACUGUUACAGUCGACGGAAAGCCAGUCAAAGGACCCUAUACGUCCUCUGGUGUAUACAAGGUUAAAGGACCUUUUGUUUAUCAAACAGACACUACAAUAUUCAUGGGAGGGCCUCAAAAUUCUGAUAGUAGUAAACCCAAUCCAAUGAAUGGAGGAGGUUCACAACAGGUUGCAACUUCCAAUCCUCAAAACGUCCCUCCUUCUGUCGAUAACACGAAAGAACAACAGCAUAAACAAGAUAAUGAAAACCCUGAAAAGGAGGGAAAUCAAUUUCAACCCGAGCUUUUGAAAAGACCUUCCUUGAUUACAUUGCUGAAAGAGGCAGAGAUUAAAAAAGAGAACCAGUCGGAAUCGAAGGAGAACAAGGAAAAACCCGAUGGAAAUAAGGAAAGUGAAAAGAUGCCGGAGGGAUCCACCUCUAGUGGAGAGCGACCUGAAGGUUCCGGAGAAAGUGAAAAACUGCCAGGUAAGCCAGCAGAAAGUGAAAAACCUUCUGGUAAACCUAUAACUAAUGGAAAAGAAACGGAAGGGUCGUCAGAGAAUAAAGGACAGCCAAUAGGAGUCACUGAAGGACAAAAGGAGAAACAGGGGCCUUCGGAAGAAGCAAAGCCGCAAAAUUCUUCAGGAAAAAAGGAACAACCCGUGGAAUCCUCUCAAGAGGGCUCUGUUGGCUCCUCAGCUGGUAAAGAACAACGACAAGAAUCUUCAGGCAAGGAAGAUCCUAAUAGUCAACUAAAAAUUGAAACUGAGCCAAAUGGCCCAGAAGACAAUGAAAAUACACCAGGGAGCACAGAAAGCCAAAAGCAAACGGGCGGUCUAAAAAGUAAAGAAAAUCAAAAUGGUAGUUCGAUAGGAAAUGAAACACCAUCGAGUGCUACAAUAGAUCAAACUAACUCAACAGGGACUGGAAGUAUGCCAAAUGGUUUACCGGGUAAUGGAAGGCCUCCGAGUAGCUCAUCGGAAAAGGAAAAACCAACGAGUGGCUCAUCGGAAAACGAAAAGCCUCCAGGUGGCUCAUCGGAAAAGGAAAAAUCAACGAGUGGAUCAUCGGAAAACGAAAAGCCUCCAAGUGGCUCAUCGGAAAAGGAAAAACCAAACAGUGGCUCAUCAGAAAACGAAAAGCCACCGAGUGGCUCAUCGGAAAACGAAGAGCCACCGAGUGGCUCAAUAGACCAAAGUGGCUCAUCCGAUAUCCAAAAGCCACCGAGUGGUUCUAUAGAUCCAAGUGGCCCAUCUGAAAACGAAAAGCAACAGAGUGGGUUAUCUGAAAACGGAAAAAAACAGGGUGGUUCCAUCGAUCCAAGCGCGUCAUCAGGAAACGAAAAGCCACCAAGUAGCUCACCGGAAAACGAAAAUCAACAGAGUGGUUCUAUAGACCCAAGUGGCUCGUCGGGUAACGAAAAGCAACCGAGUGGCUCAUCUGAAAACGAAAAGUCACCGAGUGGCUUAUCGGAAAAUGAAAAUCAACAAAGGGGUUCUAUAGACCCAAGUGGCUCGUCGGGUAACGAAAAGCAACCAAGUGGCUCAUCUGAAAACGAAAAGUCACCGAGUGGCUUAUCGGAAAAUGAAAAUCAACAGAGUGGUUCUAUAGACCCAAGUGGCUCGUCGGGUAACGAAAAGCAACCGACUGGCUCAUCUGAAAACGAAAAGUCACCGAGUGGCUUAUCGGAAAACGGAAAACCACAGGAAGGUUCCAUAGACCCAAGUGCUUCAUCAGGAAACGAAAAGCAACCGGAUAGUUUCAUAGACCCAAGUAAUUCAAAAACUAGCAAGGAUGAAUCGAAUGUAAACGAAAAUCAACCCACUGAUUCUAAAGAAAUUAAAACACCACCUCAAAACCACCAUCAGCAAAAUAUUUUCCAAACAAAACCAGAAACAUUAAAGAGUGAGGCGCAAGAAAACUAUCCCUAUGAUCUUCCAAAAGGAGCUCAUUAUGAACCAGCAAUUGAAGCACCAAAUGCUAUGAAUUCUCCCAGCGGUACUGCCACGGGAAAGCAACCACUACAAGACCAGCAUAAUUCAGCACACAUUGAAAGCAAAGCUGUUCAUUCAAAACUAAUGAAGGCCAAACUUUUGUUACCUUUCACACACUUGAUUUCAAAUAUUAACCACGCAUUGGGAUUAGAUACGCCAAACUCGACAUUGAAAAUUAAUCACAUAUCUCUAUCAUCCAAAUAUCCUUCGGGGAAAACGUCCCAAGCUGUGAAGCCAGUUAUUGGUAACCAUGUUGAAUCUUCACAAGAAACCCCUCCUCAAGGAAGGAUCGAGAAAGCGGCGAGUCAUCAACCGAUAGCAGUAGAUGUUCCUGAAGGCAAUGCCAUCAGUGAAGUUGGAAAACCUUUGAGGCAUCUUACGGAAAGGCAUCAAAAUCAAAUCCAAGAUGUAAAGGUUGACAAGCCUGAUUUGCCAACAGCUCACAACGGAAGUAUUGGAUCUGGUUCUUUAAUGGAAGGACACCGGCCAUUCGUAGACACGUCAGGCAUACACUAUCUGAGUAAAGGGCAGAAGCCUAAUACCACUAGUGAUCAAAAUAAGCACACCUUUAAACAAACUACUGCAAGUACGCCCUCACGAAUACAGGGUGGUAAUUUGUURCAUGUGUCUGCUGAUCACGGCAGUAAGACACCACUAGUUGUCCAACACAAUGCAGGGGAACAUUUCAUGUCUGACCACCAAGUACGCCUCCAUGCAACACCAACACUUCAUAAACAGCUCAAGGACGAGCAUAUACCCCUUGGGUCUGUAACUGGCAUGGGUGAUGGAUCCCAUUCAGCUGGUCCACCGCACUUACAGGAGAUCAAUGAAAGUCCAAUAGUGGAAGUCACCCAUCCAGGAUCAUUGAACACCCAAAAUUGUAAAGAUGACGGAGAAAGAUGUUCACUUUGGCAGAAAAGAGGUCAUUGCCAGAGCGUACUCUAUGCUGGAUUUAUGAAGCGCCAUUGCAAGUCAACUUGUGGAUAUUGCGCUUUACCGAGCAUCGUGGUUCAGUCUGAGAGAGCAAACGCAGGGAUCAGAUUUGCCUACGAAGAGCAUGCUUGUCAAGACUCGACCAACUAUGAAUUCAGCUGUCCAACAUGGAAGGCCCAGGGGUACUGCCAAAAGAAGGAGAAAGAAAUGAGGAUAUUCUGCAGGAGUACCUGUAACUUUUGCAAGCGAAAAAAGAUUUCAAAAAAGAAGAACAAAGCCGCAGAUGAAACCAAGCAUAUGAAUGACCAGCCAGGCAAGACUGCCCAUGCGCAAACAGGAAAUACCUCUGGUCAACCUCAAAGUUAUGCACACGCUCAAACUGGUCAAGGAAACGGUGCUGCCAAUGCACAAGCGGCGGGAAACUCUGCUGGACAACAACAGCCAAAUUAUGCGCAUGCUCAAGUAGGGAAACCCUCUGAACCACAGAGUACAGCGUAUGCGUCAGGAGGAAGUACGUAUGUACAGACCCAGUCCUCCGGGGGUCAGCAAACCGGAUACGCAGUGGCAUCCGCCUCAGCCUCACCAGAGCAGCAGACAUACGCGCAUGCGCAGUCCAGCUCCCAAUCAGGUCAACCAAGCACGGCUUACGCUCAGAACAAACCCUCGCCCAACAACAAAGGUUCCGAAUCAUCAACUGCGCAUGCGCAGUCGGGAUCUUCUGAGAAACCUCAAAACGUCGCCCAUGCACAAACGUUGCCUGUCAAUGAUGAUCCAAAACAGUCGUUGAAUUCAAAAAACCGUGACGAAGGAAAUAUCGUUGAGGCUCCAAAUUCCAGGUUGCAUGGAAUGUCACUUGAGGAGAGAGUCAUUAGCGAGAGUCCAGAGUACAAAACAUCUAACACUGAUUAUUACAUCAAAGCAGGCAACUCAGACGAAACUGCCGCUUCGGAAGUAAAUUUAUACGACGAGACACCGCAAAUUCGUUUCUCAAAUAAAAACCCAGUGGAAUCGACCAACAACUACGUAGGAACCGAAGAAAAUUUCGAUCCUGGAUUGGAACAGAAUGCGGAAUCUGAGCAAGGAUCAAGUGCUAUGGGAAAGUUUUCAGAUGAAGCGGAAACCAAAGCAGAAUAUUCAAAGAAUGAUCUUAAAGAUAUGGAAGUAAAGGAUACUGAAGAUGAAAAGGUUCAGAUGUUGAUUAACAGGUAUGAUCCUGUUAUGCCUUCUGAACAAGAUGAUGGUGAUCUUGCUGAUGGUAAAUCGAUAAUCUUGACGAGAACACCAGAUAAAAAAGGGACCCUAGAUUUUGUGUCCACAGAAGGAUGCGACCAAUCAUGUCAAAGGGAGUGCCUUGAUGCUAUAAAUAGCUACCGACGUAACCACAACGCUAGACCCCUCGUUCUCGACCAAGACCUUGCUGCGCACGCGCAGCAAUGGGCAGACAGCAAGACGUACGGUCAUUCACCGUGGUCUCAACGAGGCAUGGGAGGAGAGCUGAUCGCUGUUGGGAGUUUCUACAAGACGUUUACAGCUGCGGUAAAGGCUUGGCAUGAUGAGGAGAAGGAUUUUGAUUGGGAAAAAGGAGAACUGAAAAAGGGAAAAGAAAUCAAGCAUUUCAAACAGUUGAUAUCAAAAGACGCUCAUGUUCUUGGGUGCGGCAAGUCAAUGGUCAACGGUGAACCGUACUACAUCGCUCAGAUGGAUGCUGCAGAGAAUAGUGAAAAGAGGGAAACAAUGGAAAAACCUGAAAAGCCUGAUCUGGGUUGGUACAUGGAGAGCUCGCCAUAUUGGAAAGAUUUGCAGAGCAGAGAAAAAAUACCGAAUAAGGUUCACAGAAACCUUUUCUAACCAUAGAAACCUCUUGUAACCAUAGAACUUCUUGUAACUAUAGAAACCUCUCGUAACCAAAGAAAACUCUUGUAACCAUAGAAACCAAGUAUAAGUAGAUUGUAUAAUGUCCACAGAAACCUCCUGUAGCCAUCGAAACAGUAGAUAUGAAACAGUUUUGACAGAUUAAAUACUGAUUAUCAUGUGAUUAUCAGAACUUUGUUAAGUGACAUCGAACAUUUAAUAUUUAAACUUUUAGAAAAACGAUUCAUUUGUAAUCAAAAAAUUAGAAGUGAAAUGAUUAAAUUUCAAACAUUGAUUUUGUAGCAACCAUAUAAGAAAUUUGUUUCUUUAUGCGACGAAACUUGCACUUAAAA